CAGCCUCUCCUCGCACGCACCGCACGCUUUGACCCGACCAGAACGUCCAAGUCGGCUGUCUCUGCUGCUGGGGUUGCAUAAGUGCCGGCCAUGGCUCCCCUCUGCGUCGAUGGGUGCUUCCAUGCACGUACCUGAACCUUCUCCGACAGUCAUCGCAAAAGCUCUCCGGCCAUCUAACAAAUAAUGCUAGGACACCCAGGGAUCAGUGCAUUCGAGUACGCGGGGGCGGCCGAGGAACACUAUCGUGAGGAGCGAGCAUGGGAGAAGGCGACGGAGGAGACCAUAAUCACAAACGCCACCGAGCGCCAUCCAACACUAUCAGCGGAUCUGGAGCGAGAAGAAGCUUCUCCACAGCCAGUGGCUCGCCCGGAGACGUCGGAACGUCAGCAACCGCAGACGUCGGUCGACGAGUAUACUAUCGCACAGCGACGCCGUGGAACCUUCGUCAACCAUACCCCGCGCAAUCACGAACUCCGCCUGUCUUCUAAGCUAUCACAUCGCCCAACUUCCGAGGAGGAGUCUGGGAGAUUGUAUGCCAGUUAUAGAGGGAGCUCGGAUGACAAUACGGAGACUUCUAAGAGCUGUAGUGGUGGUCAGCACUCGUCAUUUGGGUCUUUCCAAGUUGAACAGAGUGCUAAAGCAAACGCGAAUGCCCCUGUCGAGCUUGAUAGCAAGGAGAUACCUCUCAAUCCUUUAAUCAUGCAUCCUUUGCCCACAGUACCCAUCAUACCAAUCGCACUACCAAGACAACGGCGCAGCCAAAGCUCAAGUGCCGCGGCUUCAAUCAAAUCGUCGCAAACGGGUAUCAGCAAGCGAAGUCUGAGGACCUUUUUGGGUCGAAACGCAUCGCUCGAUGCUUCUUUUCCACGUCAGCAAAUAUCAUUCGAUGAGCCCAGACCAAGCACAACUGGCAGUGUCUCAAAACUGCGGCCUCAAGCAGCAAACAGUAAGCGCCGUCGAAGACAAACACCCUACAAGGUCCCAGCACCGCUUGUUACAGAUUUGGGUCGACAUGCGCCUCUGGAGCCCUUGGUUCUACAUCAUCGUCGCGAGGUGACGGGUAGCGAUGUCGACCCUUUACCACCGCAUGUCGAUAUUGACAACGACAUUAGUGAGGCGGCCACUCUCCUGGCUAUCAAUGAGUAUUUCGAUAGUCAGGAGGCUACUCUUACGGAUCAUCAGCACCCAGCAGAUCUCAAUGAGAUCUCAGCAUCAACAUUGAAGGCGCUUAAGCAAAUACAGCCGAGUUUUUCCCCCCAACAGACCCCAAAGAAGGGUGACGCAGCUCCGAACAAGGACCCUUCCGACUCCAAAGAAUCAACUCCGAGCCUCCCCGAGCGCAACCCUGAACGCCUCAGCAGAAUCAAUACUCCUACCUCAGCCCGCCUCCCAAAGAGUGCCUCUUCCAUCUCCGUUCAGAGCGACUUCACCUCUGCAGCCCAAGGCCAAUACUCCCCCUACGAUGAGCGAUGCGACGCCGUUUCUAAGACCGUGCAUCGCAAACCCCUACCAACCUCACCACGCGAACACGGCCGCUCCACCUCCUCCAUAUCAGGCAAGCUCGCACCCCGAAUCCCAGGCCACGAGGAGCUGGCUAGUAGUCGGCUAAACGAUUUCAACUACUUCCUGCGCAUGACGGGUCCGUCACCAACGCACGAGACGAAAGCCGUGCCGCAGAAGAAAAAGAAAGGACUGAAAGUUAUGAAAGUGCGGAGCAGGAAGGAGGCCAAGAACCCCAUAAGCAGCCGUCGCUUCGGGGAAGAACACCUUCCAGUCCCUGCUUGCUGCCUCGAGGAGACGACCAAGGCCGGCGGCGUGAAGCAUCUGCGCAUCAAGAUCCCGACGGAGGACGUCGAUGUGCAGCUCGCGGCGGUUCCCCCGAGGACCCCCUGGACGGACGAGAUGGUGCAGCCGCUUGCAGGCGUUGACGUCGAGCGCGCGAUUAAUCUCGCCGGCGAAACGUCGCUCAUGUUCAAGAGAUGCAGUCCGAGGCCUGUUCCCAUCUCGCCGAUGGCUGUGCCUGUGGAACAUCACCCGCUGCUGGUCAAUAGGAAGGAGAAGACGCGGAGUAGGAAGCUGAGAGAUUUGAAAAAGGCAAAGGGGAGGACGGAUGGGGAUGCUGAAUGUGGCGCUGAGGAAUAUAUUGGAGAGGGUAAGGUGGAGAGGUUGGAGUGGUUGGUGGGUGAGUUGGCGGAGGGGUUAAGGGUAGAGGCGGGACUUGAAGAGGGUUUGGGGCCAGAGGAGGUGCUGGAGACUUGGAGGGAGGGGAGGGAGAGGGCUGAGUAGGUGGGGAAUAGAAUGUGAAUUUGGCGACUUAUUGUAAUGCGUAAUACGAGUGGCUAAGAUGGAAAUUGACCCGGGCAAGAGAAUGGUGGCUGGUGAAGGUUGUGACCAUCUGGUCUCCAGCGAUUCAAGGUAAUCAGCGUGAUAUGGUCAUCUGCAGGAGAUUUGGUGUGCGAGCAUUUCUCAUCUUGAACGCGUCAUUUAGAGAAAUUGCUUAUAUAAAGACAAGUGGUAAUAUUCAAGGACGUAGAUUCUGA